AAUGAAUAGAUAAAAUAUAAAGCUAGAAUUCUAUAGUUCGUUAUCCCUUUUUAGUUCAUAACUAUUGAGUUUCCCGGAAUUUGUUUGGAAGUGAGAUAAAAAAGCUAUCUACACUGAACACAAGAAGCUCGUCGCAAAAUUUCAGUGGCUUACUAAGCAGGUCCUACAGUCAUAUAUUCUUCUUGAACAGCAGCUGAUACUUAACAAACAAUCCUUUCUUUAAGCCUAUUCUUUCCACAAUGUCGUUUACUUGUGAUGUAGCAAACUGUGAGAGACCUUCUGUAAGACUUCAUAAUGAUUGUAUACUUUGCCAGCGUCACCUAUACUCGCAGCAUCUAGAAGGACCUAACCACAAAUGUCCCCCGCGAGAGGCCCGUUACUUAUCCCGGCUAGCUUGCAAUUCAUUUAAUGUUAAUAUAUUAUAAGGAUGAUUUAUACGAUUCUGCAAUCUUGAAUGCUCAAAUUGUGGAAAUCAAAGAGCUUCUAUCUCGAAUCAAUCAAGAUAGAUGCCUUAGCAAAGCGCGCAUCGCUUUUACGGAACCUCUCUUGUGUGGUCAUUCCCACGGAUUUGAAUAGUCUUUUGACUGUGAUGGGAAAUGUUAAUCUCCAUCUUAAACUUCAAUUCAGUGAUGGCGUGCGCUGGAUUGCACGAAUAAAGCGCCAAAAUGUAACGACGCCAUUGAAGCCGGUACAGAAACUCGUUAUCGAAAGCGAGGUUGCUACAUAUCCCUUCCUCCAAAGUACUCAAGUGCCGGCUCCACGUGUAUUUGAUUUCUGUGCCAGUUCGGAUAAUACAGUCGGCGUUCCAUAUAUUCUGAUGGAGAAGGUUCCCGGGCGGCCCUUUUCGAAGUGUGCACCGACAGUCGAGCAGAGAAAUAGGGUCAUGAAACAAACUGCCCUCUUUUACAACGAGCUUUAUCGCCAUCCUUUCAAGACCAUGGGCUCAUUACAUCUUCAAGACUCCGAGCCUGGUUAUUUCAUUGGUCCACUUACAUCAGAACUCCUGUCCGACUCCUCUGAUAAUAUUGAAAGCCUCAAAACGCUUGGGCCUUUUCAAGACGCAGCUCAUUACUACGACCAAAUCAUCGCACGAAUCCUCUACAUGAUUACCGACGGAGUACUUUAUACUCCCUGACCAAUAGAAACUUACCUCAUCCAACUUUCACUCCACGAAUUGGCUUCUUCGAAUUCCCUUCCGCAAUCAUUUUCAUCUGCCGGGGACAGGAAAUUCUAUCUGAAGCAUAUAGAUGAUCAAGGAAGUCAUAUUAUGGUUGAUGAAGACUAUAAUAUUACCGGUGUGAUUGAUUGGGAGUGGGAAUGAGAUCUCGAACUGGGAUAUCUCUUCCUACAUCCAAAACUUUAGCUCCCUGCUCCAAACAUUGGAUUUUGAUCCUCAUGUUCAUUUUUCUUGGGAUGAGUGGAAAUCAGGUGCUCUCGAAAAGUAUAGAAAUGAUAAGGGCUCGCAAAAGUUGAAAGAACGCUAAUCUUUUAACAAAUUAUAUCUCUUUCUACCGGGUUACUAGAUUAUAAGUCCCCUACUUCUCAUUCCAGCCACUCUUUUAUAUCAAAAAUGACGAUUUUCAUCUAUUAAAAAUUUUAUAAAAAAUAAAUAAAUAAAAUCAAUUAAAAAAUUUCAUUUGAAUAAUUUAUAUAUAUUAAGAAACACUAUAAUUUUUUUAAAGAUUAUUAUUAUAAUUACUUUUAAGAAUAUAAAUUAUCUUAAUUAUU